CUCGACGCGCUCUCCCACGCGCUCCGCCACCACGACACCACCACCUCCCCCGCCGCGGUCCAAUCCUCCGCCGCCGCGAUCUACAGCCUCCUGAUCGCGGAGGAGUCUUACCGCCCCGUCGUCGGAUCGAAGCGAGACAUCAUCUUCUCUCUCAUCCACGUCAUCAGGUACCAAGACUCGCACCCGAGAUCGAUCAAAGACGCGCUCAAGGCGCUCUUCGCCGUCGCUCUCUGCCCGGCGAACAGAUCAACGAUGAUCUCCCUCGGCGCGAUCCCGGCGCUCUUCUCCCUCAUCGUGAAGGACUCGCGGUGCGGGAUCGUGGAGGACGCGACGGCGGUUAUGGCGCAAGUCGCCGGGUGCGAGGAGAGCGAGGAAGGGAUGAGGAGAGUCUCCGGAGCCAGCGUGCUGGCGGAUCUGCUGGAUCCGUGCACCGGCUCGAGCCUUCGGAUCAAGGAGAACGCGGUCAGCGCGCUUUUGAAUUUAGCGAGGUGCGGCGGGGACGAAGCGCGUUCGGAAGUUGCGUCUGCGGUUGCGUCUGGUGCGGAUGAAGGAGCUAUGGAAGGGAUCGUGUACGUUGCUGAGAGCGGGAGUAAUAAAGGAAGGAAGAAGGCGGUUGAUCUGUUGAGGCUCGUUUCAAACGAUUGACGACGUUUCGAUCGUCUGAUCAGUGAUAAUGAUAAUAAU